UAGUAUUAGUGCGGAAACAAAAAUGCGUGAAUACAGGAAGUAAAUUAUUGAGUGACGUCAUAGGCCUAAUAGACGUUUUGAAGAUAACGUCACUUCCGCUUAAAAAUGGAAGACGUUGUUACCGAGCAGCAAGCUUGCCCAGAGAGCAAACCAACAGAGAACACAGAAGAAACGGCAGGUUAUAUGUUGAUUGACAAUGAAGAAGUCCUAAUAAGACAACUUUGCAGCAUCAGAGAGGAGUUUUCGAAUAAGAUUGCGAGUGUGCGCCGAGAGUUGGAAGUUCAAUGGGAGGUGCUCAGUCGUCUGCUUCUGUUUAUGGCGCCAAUUACAAUCACAUGGGCAGUGACCAUGUUCGUUCGACUGGCUGGUAACAGGACGUGGGAGGGCUACGCUGCUGCCGUAAGCUGCGGAGUGAUUCUAUCACUGAUGAUAUUUGACCUCCAUGGUCUGCUGAAUGUUAUUCUGGAUUGUGCCAAUAUCCGGCAGUAUGGAGAAAACACCAAAAUACUGAACAAUCAGCCCAUUGUGACAGGGUCAGGGGUGAAUAACUCUGAAGGUCAGAACAAAGAGACAAACACAGAGGAUAUCACAGAUCCCACACCAAAGGAGAUGCCAGUGGAAGAUUUACCGCUGCCUGAUUAAACUUCUCUUAACUGUAUCACAACUGUGAGACAAGGUCAUCUCUUGGCAUGUUUCACGUCCAAUAAUGCCAAAUUAACGUCAAAGACUUAAGGACACUGACAAAGACUUCAGGACACUGAAAAAUAAAUGAGGACACUGACAAACACAUCAGGACACUGACAAGGAAAUGAGGACACCGACAAAGAAAUGAGGACACUGACAAGGAAAUGGGGACACUGACAAGGAAAUGGGGACACUGACAAAGAAAUGGGGACACUGACAAGGAAAUGGGGACACUGACAAGGAAAUGGGGACACUGACAAGGAAAUGAGGAAACUGACAAACACACCAGGACACUGACAAAGACAUCAGGAUACUAACAGAGAUAAGAACACUGACAAACACACCGGGACACUGACAAAGACGUCAGGACACUGAAAAAUAAAUGAGGACACUGACAAACAGAUGAGGACACUGACAAACAGAUGAGGACACCGACAAGGAAAUGAGGAAACUGGCAAACACACCAGGACACUGACAAAGACAUCAGGAUACUAACAGAGAUAAGGACACUGACAAAGAGAUGAGGACACUGACAAGGAAAUGAGGACACUGACAAGGAAAUGAGGACACUGACAAAUACAUCAGGACACUGAUAAAUAAAUGAGGACACUGACAAACAGAUGAGGACACUGACAAGGAAAUGAGGUCACUGACAAACAGAUGAGGACACUGACAAAGAGAUGAGGACACUGACAAACAGAUGAGGACACUGACAAGGAAAUGAGGACACUGACAAACAGAUGAGGACACUGACAAGGAAAUGAGGACACUGACAAACAGAUGAGGACACUGCACUGACAAGGAAAUGAGGACACUUGACAAAUACAUCAGGAUACUAACAGAGAUAAGAACACUGACAAAGACAUCAGGACACUGACAAACACAUCAGGACUCUGAAAAAUAAAUGAGGACAUUGACAAAGAGAUGAGGACACUGACAAAGAGAUGAGGACACUGACAAACAGAUGAGGACACUGACAAGGAAAUGAGGACACCGACAAAGAAAUGAGGACACUGACAAACAGAUGAGGAUACCGACAAAGAAAUGAGGACACUGACAAACAGAUGAGCACGCUGACAAGGAAAUGAGGACACUGACAAAUACAUCAGGAUACUAACAAAGACAUCAGGACACUGACAAACAAAUGAGGACACUGACAAAGACACCAGGACACUGACAAAAACACCAGGAUUGGAUGGGGUAUUUAUUGUUGUAUUCUCAAAGUUGUUGCAUGUUGUGCAUAAUACGCCACAGAAAUAAUACAAUUGGGAAAUAAGUGGACAAGCAC